AUGGAGCUAGCUAAGAAUAGAACUUCUGUAAGGAACCAUUCUCCUUCCCCGCAUGGAGGUUCGUCUAUUCCAUUGCUGUCACUUCUUUCCGGUGACUCUGCUAUAGUAAAAUCGGACCCUGAGACUUGCCAGGCGGCACUCUUGAAUAGUGCACGCGUUAGGGUAUCCUCUCUGCUAUCCUCAGACAACUCAAUCGAACAAGAAAGAAUAACUGCUCCAAAAAUCAUUCUACCGACACAAAAGGUUGCGACGAAUACGACAACAGAACCCGAUACGCCAGGCUUCCUUUUCGCCAGAACGAGCUCACCUGUCACCGGACUACUUAAGCUUUCAAAUUCGUCGUUGAAUAGAAGCCAAAGCACCCUUGGCCCUUCGACGCCGCCAAAGCCCGCGCCAGUGGCUGUGAAAACCACUUCCCUCCCAGUGGCCAACUCAAAAAGCACAACUAAAAAGCCUGCAUCUAAGAGAAACACGGAAUCUACGAAAAAGGCGAAGACGGACGCCGACAAUAAGAAGAACACACCGUCUUCUGAUGCUAAACUGCAAAAAGCUGCUCCAGCCAGAAGAUCAAAUAAAGCUAAAGAGUCCAAGACUAAGGCGAACGAAAAAGAAGCAAAGCCUAACAAUAUUAUCAUUGAAGAUAUGCAGAAGCUGAAUACGACACCCGAAGCAAGCAAAGACAAUAAGUCGCCAGAGCAAGAGAACACUGCAAAAGCUGGCAGUACACAAAAAGAAGAGAAACCUCUAGAGCCAAAGAAAGAAACAAAACCAAACGAGUCAAAGAAAGAUGUGAAAUCAGCCGGGCCAAAGAAGGCUCUAAAAUCAAAUGAACCAAAGAAGGAGCCGAAGGUUAGCGAAGUUAAAAAAGAGGUGGAUGCAAAAGGUCCGCCAAAGGACACCAAAUCGAAAGACAGCAAGUCUAAUGCCAAAGAUGAGACUAAGAAGGAAGCAAAGCCAUCCAAAAGAAGUUCGACUGCAACAAAGAAAAAAGAUCCAACGCCCCAACCGCAGAAAAAAUCGAAUGAUGCAAAAGCCUCACAAAACACCCCUAAGGUUUUACUGCCUCCGCCUCCCCUGAAAUCUCCAUCUGUACUUGAUCCGCUUGAUAAGGGAAAAAAUCCAGACAACCAAGAGGAGCCUGUCAUUUUGAUAGAUGUGCCUCUUUACUCUGUAGAGUCAAACAGUUACAUGGAUGAAAAUGGACAAGUUGUUUUCAACUUCUGUAAAUUAGUGCAUGACGAAUUUGGCCAGUCGAGCAAAGCUAAACGAAAUCUUGCUUCGGAACUCCAGGGCGGCGAAGAAGAAGACGAGGACGCAAUCGAAGUUGAAGAUGAUGAUGGCGUUGAAGAAGACGAUGACGACGAAAUGGACUUGGAUGACAAAGCGCCCCCCUCUGCCGCCUCUGUGGCUUCACCUAAGAAAAAAUCUCAUCCUAUGAAAGGCAGGAGCCUGAUAGGGAAAUACGAUAUUGAGGAUCCUUUCAUUGACGACUCAGAGCUUCUUUGGGAAGAGCAACGCGUGGCCACAAAAGACGGGUUCUUUGUUUAUUUCGGGCCUUUGAUCGAAAAGGGUCAAUAUGCAAGUUUUGAACGAGUUAACGGAACUAUGAAACGGGGAGGAAUUAAGUAUUCUAAGUAA